AGUUUUUUACAAAGACACGCAGCUUCUGAAUCAUUCUGCUCUCCUUAGACAUCCUAGUUUCGAUGUUUGCAGAGAGGUUUUGAUUCAAUGUGCUCAGUUCCUACCUUGUUUGCAGAAAUGUGGCUUUUCACAGUGGCCCUGCUGUUUGCUGCACUAGAUUUCAUUUCCUGUGCUAAGUUUGUGGCACCUUUCAACAUGAAAGGAGUCAUGGGUCAGGUGCAGUUUGACUCUGACAACCAGAUUGCCAGAGUAAAUGUUUCUGGUGCAGGAUCCUGUGGUGUGGUAAACAUUUCCCUCACCGUGUUCCCAGUUAUGUACGGCCACUUCGGUCAACCCUGCUCUGAGACCAACAUUGGCGUCAGCGUCUUCACCUUCACUGUUGAUCCUUCUUCAAAGUUCCCCAUCAAUGUGUCACGUCUCUUUGAAGAAACAUCAAACUUGGAUGACCUUUCGCUGUCUUUGCAGACAUGCAAUGGCACCAAAGUAUGCACAGUUAUAAGUCAAGGUCAGACAGUAUUGACUCGUCAGGCAAGGUUCACAGAAUCUGUUGCUGGUAACAUUUACAUACGUGCUAAUCUUAACAAUACCAACCCAAGGCUUCUUGCAGACCUGGUGACUAUUGGUCAGGUGAAUGCCCCAGAAACCAAUAUCACAAUUUUUGGAUCCACAAGUGGAGCAAGUACUUGCAGCAUACUGCUUGGAAGCUUAGAUGCAGCAACUUUAACAGUUUUGGGUGUUGUAAAAGUUGGAAACCCUCAGAGUCCUCAGAAAUCCCGCCAGGACCUAAGUGGCUUUACUGCAUACACUUAUCUUCUCCUCAGCUUGGGCUCCAGUUACAAGUGUGCGCAGGUAUACACUAUGUCAGAAAAAAAGGUGAGAGCUGUUAUUAACAUGGGAGGGAUCAUGGGAUACUUCAACUUUCGUCAGGCUUCCCCGUUUGAUCUGACACAGUUCAGCGUGAAUCUGACAAACUUAAGGGAAAAGGUUGGGCCCUACCACGUCCAUCAUUUCCCUGUCCCUUCAGUCAGUUCAAGCCAGUGCUCUAAUGAUAAUGUGGGUGGUCACUGGAAUCCGUUUGCAGCCAACACAACUUCCUCAACAUACCCUGCAGGGCCUGGGUCAACUCAUGACAUGUACGAGAUUGGUGACCUGAGUGCCAAACAUAUGUUUCUUACAAACAGAAAUGCAGUGGACAUGACAUUCACUGACUUCAACCUUCCUCUGUUUGGACAGAACAGCAUUGUAGGUCGCUCAGUCGUGAUUCAUAAGGUUGGUGGUGCCAGAUAUGCUUGUGCCAGCAUUGGCUAUCCUGGAGAGGUGAUCGUGGGCAGUGCCACAUUUCAGACCCCCGUAGUUGGAAAGAUCAAGUUUACUCAGUUGGUAAACAAUCCCCUGUCGGAUGUGUCCAUCUUUAUGGAUAUGUCAUAUGGAGAUCCCACAACAACACCGACCCAAAACCAUAACUGGCACGUUCAUAUAUUCCCCAUUAGCUCAGAGAGGGAUGAUGACAAAGGGUGGUGCAGCACAACAAGUGGCCACUGGAAUCAUUUUAACAUCAGCACAACUGAUAGCAGCUAUGCCCUUCACUGCAGCCCAUCUUGUCCCCUAUGUUGUGAGACCGGAGACCUCGCCAAUAAACACAGCACCAUUAAUCUUGACACCAACUUAGGAGGAGUGAACUCCAAACACUUUUUCACUGAUGUCACUUCCUGGUUAGACGGGUCAGGUAUUAUUGGACGUUCUGUGGUCAUCCAUGAAGCACAAAGGGGAGGCCCGAGGAUCGCUUGUGCCAAUGUUACAAUGAUGCGGGUCCCUGAAGCCAGUUUAGGUAGUUGGUUUGGCCCUGGAUCGUCCAGUGGAGAGGUGAAAUUCUCUCAAGCUAUCCCACAGGGCCCCACAGUAAUCAGUGUGUCCCUAACAUACCUACAGGGCUUAGCUGGAGGCUACCAUGUCCACAUUUUGCCCAUUGUAGGUGGGAGGAGUGAUCCCUGCUCUAAUGCAAACAUCCUGGGCCACUUCAACCCACUGGCCUGGAACACAUCCAGUUCCCCUUCACCUGGAGUGGGCACUGUAGACCAGUAUGAGAUAGGGGACAUCAGUGGGAAGUUUGGGAUGCUCAAUGGCCAAAAUGACUUUAAGGCUGUCUAUGAGGACCCUAACAUGCCUCUUACUGGACCUUACAGCAUCGUGGGAAGAUCUGUUGUAGUCCACUACACCAAUGGAUCAAGGAUGAGGUGUGCAGAUGUCUCAGCAGACAGAAAUACAGGGGGACAAUGGACCCUUGCCAAGGCUACAUUUAACGGAACAGUGACUGGGACAAUCACCAUGCGCCAGCAAGUGUUUCCUGAUGGGAGUACCAGUGAUGUGGCACUGGAAGUUGACCUUAAGUCAUCUGCAAGCCGAAAUAUUCCUGUGGCCUCCUUAUUUAUUGCAAGCAACCGUGUGGAUGCUGUGAGCGGCAUGUGCAACACCGUGGGAGACACAUUUAAUCCCUUUAACAUGAAGCUACUGAGCUCCAGCUGUUCAUUAGAAAAUCAGUUGAGCUGUGUGGUGGGGGACAUUUCCGCAAGGCAAGGCAACAUCAGCCUGACUGGGAGAGAAGUCUACACUGAUAGCAACAUCCAGCUCUCAGGGGACCACACAGUUGUUCACAGAUCUCUUGUGCUGAAGAGUGAUAGCAACAUCCUUGCAUGUGCUGACAUCCUCCCAGAAUCCCAGUCUGCAAAGCAGACCUUUCCCAGUGUGAGCUCCUUCAGCCGAUAUGAUUUUCGGAGGAGAGUGGCAGAUGUUCUGCAGACAGAAAUGGUGAGGAUAACCAUCUUGCCCGGCUCUCCAGUCUCUGCAGCCAAUGACCUAUGUCAAACAGUCAACUACAUGCUGUCUGGGGAUGUCAGCACAGAACUGCUUAAUUCUGUCAAAACCAGUAGGACGAUGGGCCCGUUCAGAGAGUCUGGCACAUGUACAAGAAUUUCUGCAGGGCAGAUCUUAGUGCCAGGAUUGUUCCCAUUGUGCCUGAUGUUUGCUGCUGCCUUCCUGCUACCAUCUGCUGCUUCUACAUAAAGUCUGAUCAUCAAAGUGGAGACACAUGGAUCCUCCUGUCAUAAAACUGUGAAUCUGAAAUGUCACCCACCAAAUGUUACAUUGGUCACUGAGUAAAUAAUGGACAGUUCUGUACAAACCUUAUGUGCAAAUGAAGAUCUUCCAGGUUUUAUCAAAGAACUAAUUUAGGUCAUAAAUACAGAUAGACUACUUGGUAUGUCUGCUUAUGUUUUUUUGUAGAAAUGUCAUGUUUUGGCAACUGUUAUUGUUAUUCAUGUGGGUAAGAGGUAUUCCUGUUUCUUGAACUUCAAUUUAAAUAGUUGUAAAUACCUCAAAUUUUUGAAUAAAAUUUUUCAGAAUUGUA